AUGAGUGCAGUUUAUACCACACACAAGAUAUCCAAUCAUUUAGGUAGAUUUGGAUUCGAUUUCUACGAAAAUGAGAAAAAGCUUGUUUCCGCAGGAUAAGAUUGUGUUUUUAAGUUAUACGAUAUUUAAGAUGGAGAUUUUAAGCAAAUUAAAACAUAUAAUUGCGAAGAUGUAUUUGAUCUUUCAGUAAAUCAAGCAAAUAAUGACAUUUACCUUGGUUAUUAUGAGAGCAAAAACUUAAUUAAGGUUAACGAUAUUGAUAAUAUCGAUGAGAUUAUAGGAGAAGAGAUAGCUUCAUUUACAGGACCUGUUUAUAAUAUAUCAAUUAGUAAUAAAUAAAAGUUCAUAGGUGUUUCAACACAAGAAAACAAAGGUUAUUUGAUAAAACUAAAUGAUAAUGGCACUCUCACUUAAAGAUACUUAAAUGAUAAUCAUGUAGGAAGUUGCUUAUUUACUACAGUAGACCAAGAAGGUGAAUAUGCAUUAACCAUUGGGUGUGAUGGAAACAUUCACAUAUACAAUGUUAAAAAUUUUGAAACUAGUGAUGCUGUAUUUGAAACAUAAUUGCAUGUUACUGUUACAAUGGUAACUGAAAAAGAAUAUGUUAUGUAAUGCUCAUUCAACGAGUAACACUAAAUAGCAUUAGGAGGAAAUUAAAGUUUGCAAUUAAUUUCCAGAGAUGAAAAUGGCAAAUGGAUUUUAACAAGAAUUCCUGAAAUUAAUCACUAAAGAGAUAUUCAAAUUUGCUAAUGGGUAGAUGGAUAAUCUAAGUAUUUGAUCACAGCAGGUAUAGAAAAAGAUGUAAAAAUUUGGAAUGUUUAGGAAAAGUUAUGUAUUGGAGUUGUAAAUUGUGAAGAAAAUAUCUGCUCUAUAAGAUACAGCAAAGUUAAUAAAGCUCUUUUCAUUGGAGAUACAGAAGGUAAUCUCUACCGUUGGAAUGAUUUAGAUUUUGAAAAAAUGACAGAAACUGCUAAGGCUAAUCAGCAAACAAUAAAGCAAUAACCCAUAUCAAAACAUAAGGAAAGUAGCGAAAUCACAUAGAAUUAAAAAUUUGGUACACCAUAAGAAAAGUCAGCUUAAUCAUCAAAAGAAGAUGCCAUUAAAAAAUAAAAAUAUGCCUUGCUUAUGGAGGAAGAAGAUGAUUAAAUUGAAUCUCAUACAAAGUCUUCUGUUGUUAGUGAUACAAAAAUGUCAACAGAAAUAUAAGAGUCAAAGGUUGAUCAAAAGUAACUGAAGAAGAAGAAUUAAAAUCUCUUAGAAUCGCUUCAAGAAGAAAAAAUAAAAGCAAAGGAAUUACCAUAAGUUAAGGAAAAAAUAGCAAAGAAUGAGCCUGUACAAACACCAACUAAGGAAAUGAGCACAUUGAGCAUAAAUGAAAGCGAACAAUAGCAAAAAAGACAUAAGAAAAAUCUUAAAAUCCAAGAUAUAAUUUAUCCUUCUUCAGUUUCAAAGCAAUUAAAUAGAUCUUGUAUCCUUUGGAAUCUAGUAGGCCAAAUCAUUCUCAGAGAAGAAGAUAGAAACCUCUUUUUAGAAUUUGACUUUCCUGAUAAAGAAUUUCAUAGUAGAAUAACAAUUAAAAAUUUACACAAUUAUUCUAUGGCUGCAAUGAAUCGUCAAGGAUUUAUUCUUGCUUCCAAAGCUAUAAAUUCCUCAUAAGAAUAUGAAAGUGAAGAAGAUUUUGAGAGAUUUGAUUUCCAUCAAGAUGCAUAUAGCUACUCCUGUAUUUAUUUCUAAUCACUUUCCAAGUCUGAUAAAACUCUUUGGAGCUUAAAACUUGGCUAAGAUGAAAAUGUAGAAACAGUUGCUAUAGGAGACGGAUGGUGUGCAGUUUAGACUGAUUUAUAAUACAUUAGAAUAUACAGCUUUUCAAGCAUGGAACAGCAUUGUUUUUGCAUUGAUAAACCAGCUGUAUGCAUAAGUGGCUAUAAAAAUAUUUUAGCAAUAGUUUAUUUAGAAGGUGAACCAAUUUAUGGAUGCUAAUCAAUUAAACUUAAAUUCUUUGACGUAAAUUCAGGCGAAAUGAUCAAGGAAAUAGGCGUCCCAUUAACACCCUUUACUACAUUGACCUGGUUUGGUUUUUCAGAAGAAGGUUUAGUUUUAACUAAAGACUCUAAAGGAGUAAUCAGAGCUCUUAUUGGAUAUAGUAAUUGGACUCCUAUUUACGAGCAACCUCAUAAUAAAAAUUUUUGGCUUAAAGGCAUGGUUGACUAUAAAUUAGCUGGCUUUUUACUUCCAAAGGAUGAAUUAGAACCUAGACUUACUUAAAUAUAUCACGAAAAAUGUUUUGAUAUGCAAUUACCCCUUCCAACUGGAGAUUAUUUUGAAUAAAAUGACGACUACAAAUCAAUGAGACAUAACUAACUUAUUUUAAAGCAUGAACAAUAUAGAUAUCAAAACUUAGAAUAAAAUUAAAAAUUAGAAGAAAAAGUAAAAGCUUUACAGAAGGAUAUUGAUGUAAAAGUUCUUAGACUAUUUUAGCACUGUUUAAAAUAUGACGAACCUCAAAAGGCUUUAUAAAUAGUUAAAAAUAACCUUAUAAAUCUUCUUUAUAUUGAUUCUUGCAUCCAAAUAGCAUAAAAGUUAAAACUUAAGCAAUUAAUCUCAGAUCUUUAACAAUUAUAGCAGGAUAAAGAAUCAUAAAGUUAAUUUAUUUAGUCCAUAGUUUAGGCAUAAAUGAAACCACAUUAGAAAAAUUUAAUUAUUGUCUCUUAAUCAGAAAAAGAUCAUCUUAAGCUUAAAAAUUCAAAUAAGUUGGUCAUCUCCAACACUAAAAAUAAUGGGUUAGAUAGUGAAGAUGAAGAAGAAGAAGAUAGCAAAGGUUAAGAUGAUUUGCAUGAAUAAGAAAAUAAAAAGUAAAAUUCUGAAUCUAAAAAUGGCAGCUCGUAAAAACAAGGAUAAGCAUAAAACCAAGUAGAAAAAGGAAUUUAAAUUGCAGAAAAAAAAAUAAUUGGAAAUAAUCCCUUUUAAAAAUAAACAAAGCAAACAGUAUCAGUAGAAGAAGGAUUAUUUAGUGUGAAUAAUAAGAAAAGAAAAGACGAAAAUUUGCUCAAUCAAAAACCAAAAGAAAGUAAUAAAAAAUUAAAAUUUUGA